AUGAAGAACCAUAUGAAAUAUGUCAUACUUGACAGGCUUUAGAUGCCACAGGAAGUGCUUUUGAACUCUUUUCACCCCUGUCUGCAGCAUAAGAUACUUCUUCUCUGGGACUGAUUGACAACAAUAUUUCCUUCAAACUUGGGAAUGUCCUUCUCAGGUAUAAUGACUGAAAAAGCAUCCCAAUUUAGGACUUCAAAGAAAGGUGGAACGAAAUUGUCUGACAUAAUUACAGGAACACACACAUAG